AUGCUUUCUCGUUGCAACCUUGGAUGGAGAUCUAAUUCGACUUUUCUUUCUUCUUCAAAGUUCUCAACGAAGAACCUUCUAGUCAAAAACGGACACAAUUAUCAUAAAAUGGCGACAAUCAUGCAAGAAGCAAAUCGUUUGAGGAGGGUGAUGGGGGAGGGCAAGGGACCGGCGACGGGCUGUUGGCAGAUGAUUCCAGGAGCCAACGUUUCGAGAACUUUGGCGAGGACAGGUGUUGAUUGGGUCUUGGUAGAUUGCGAGCAUGGGAAUAUAGACGAUGCCGCAAUGCAUGAUGCAGUUCCAGCAAUUGCUGCGUGCGGGGUGAGUCCGAUAGUCAGAAUUCCAGAUAAUCAAGGAUGGAUGGUCAAGCGGGCUUUGGACUGUGGUGCGCAUGGUGUACUUGUACCUCUCCUGUACACAGCCGAGGGAGCCGAACAGCUCGUGAAAAGUGCUAAGUUUCCGCCUCAAGGUCAAAGAGGCUUUGGAUCACCUUUUCCUCAUGAGCGCUUCAACCCGGAAUUGAACUCUGAUGCAUAUCUGAAUCAAGCCAAUGAGAGUAUUCUGACCAUGGUACAAAUCGAAACCAAGGAAGCGUUGGAGAAUGUCGAUGCCAUUGCUGCUGUUCCUGGUAUUGACGUUCUUUUCAUUGGUCCUUUCGAUCUUGGCAACAACAUUGGUCAUCCCAUCGUUGCAGGACAAAUGCACGAGAAUCUUCAUGCUGCAAUUGCAAAGAUUUUGAAGGCGGCAAAUACAGCUGGAAAAAAGGCCGGUAUUUUUUGUACGAGUGGAGAACAAGCAAAAGGGUACGCAGAUCAGGGGUUCCAUAUGAUGAGUGUUGCAACAGAUAUGCAUAUUUUACCACAGGGUGUAAUCGCUGCCGUGAACAAGGCAAAGGGUCAAGAAGAUGGCCCCAAAUUGACUGGUCCUUACGGCAGGUAG